CGGAUUUUCCGGGGUAGUGUUGCAGCCGCUGACGACAUCUACACACUUUUCACACACGCCAGGCCCAGCAGUUUUUCCUUUGGUUUGUUCAUUUUCGCUUCGCGUUUUGCUAGCCCGCUUUUAAUUAGUCUAAAACCAAAUAAUCACUAACCCAAUGGCAAAAUGCUGUCCUAUGACCUCAACGAACGCCUGCUGAGUGCGGUGCAGAAUGCAGAUUUUGAGCAGGCUUUGGGCUGCAUCAUGCAAGGUGCACAGGCCUCGUACGUAUCGCCCACUUGCGGACGCACCGCCGUGGGCACGGCGGCCAUCCUGGGCGACGCCGAGCUGCUGGAGCUCCUGGUGCAAUCCUGCGAAGAGCCCGAGCUGGAUGUCUUCCAUCAGUCUCACGUUGAUAGUCUGGAAAUCGAGCGAACACCCGAGGGUAUGGAGAAACUUGAGUGGGUGGAUGAGUUCGAAAGUUGUUCUGACAGUGGAGGCGUUGGCGGAGGAGAGGACAGCCAAUUGUAUCAGUAUUAUGCGAAGACCUUCGAGAAUACCGGCGAGUUCAUAUCCCAGUGCUGUGUGUCCUGUCGGGAACAGGAUCCGCACCUCUACGACGCCGAUUUGGCCACUCCGUUGCACUAUGCCGCCUGCUGGGGCCACGAGGAGUGUGUACGCAUCCUGCUGGAACACAGUGCCCCCAUCAACGUGGUCAACAGCGAGGGCUAUGCCCCCCUCCAUGUGGGAGCGGGUUUCGCCGGAGUGACCAAACUGCUGAUCAAGCAUGGGGCUCUGGUGAAUGCCAAGACCUUGAGCGAUGGCAAGACCGCGCUGCAUGUGGCCAUCGAGAGCAAGUCCAUGGAAUCGGCCCGAUUGCUGCUGCAAACCAACAUCAAUAUCAACGACACCGAUGAUGAGGGUGAGACCCCGUUGAUGACGGCCAUUGCCUGCAGUUUGGUGGAUCUGGCCCAGGAGUUGGUGGAGCGGGGAGCUCGUAUUAACCUCCAGGAUAAGCAGAAUCACACUGCCCUGCAGUACGCCGUGAGGGGUCGUCAUGGCCAGAUGGCCAAACUGCUACUGGAGCGUGGAGCACGUCGUCUGGCAUCCCAGCAUCUCCUGCACUUGGCAGUGGAGUACGAUGACCGGGAGAUGGUGGAACUCCUGCUGCAGUACGGCGAAAGUUUGUCCGUUCGCGAUGGUGACAACCACACGCCCAUCAUGCUGGCCAUCCAUCUGCAACGGCCCGAAAUGUUGGAGUAUCUGCUGACCGUUGCCCAGGAGCAUCGAAAGCUGGGCCUCUAUCCGGAUGUCCAGGACGAGGGUUUGGUUUUGUUUGCCGUGCAGCAGAUCGCUUGUGCGAAGGAGUUCAGCAGCAUCCUGCGUGUUUUGCUGGCCAAAGUACCCAGCGCCCGCGAGGAUUUAUAUGGCUCCUGUGCUCCCACCAUUGUGUGUGGCUUGAUCUACUGCCAAACGCCGUUGUCGCGGGCCAUCAACCUGCAUCGACUGGAGCUGGCUGAGUUCCUCAUCCACGAGGGCUGCAACCUGGCGCAGAUCUGUCGGGAGCAUGUGGUCAAUGAGCUACGAUCCAAUUGCUCGGCCAAAAGUCUGGCCUUUGCAAGGUUGCUAUGCAAUGCUGGCUUCCAGUUUCCGCACAAACAUCGAGCUUUGCCCAAGGAUUGGCCAGUAGCCCGCCUGGAAUUCGAGUGUGAAAUGUCCUCAUUUGGCAGCCAACCGCGAUCACUGCAGUCCCUCGCUCGUCUGGAAAUCCGCCAGCGCAUCCUGAAAUCCCUCCGAACGCGGCCAGAGGUGCAGCAUAAGUACCUUGCUACGCAGAAACGCUCCUCGCUGGGCAGGAUCGUAGAUGAGUUUGCCAUUCCCGCGACAUUGAAGCUCUACCUCAGCGACUUUGCCGAACUUCCUCUCGUUGGGGGAAUGGAACCGGCCCGAAAACCUGGUGUAAGAUGUGCCGAGUCUUGGGAUUGAAUGCGCUUUAGGAAUUUAUUCAGAUUAUAUAGGUUUUAUAGUAUGUAUGGUUAUAUGGUAUGUAUU